AUGUCAUGUUCAAAAAUUUUCACUGGUGAUUUACCAGAAAUAACAAUUUUUAUUAUACAAUAUUUACGAAAUGAUAUAAAAUCACUUCAUUCGUGCAUUUUGGUCAAUCGACAUCUAUGUCGGGUUGCAAUUCCCAUACUUUGGGAGGAUCCUUUUUCGGUUAAAUGUCAACCUAAAAAUGGCAUUAGUUUACUUGACAUGUAUUUUUUAUUUUUUAAUCAAGAAGAUAAAGCAAAGUUAAGAAUUACAACAAAUCUGUCAUUUAGUCCACUUUUUAAUUAUCCCAACUUUAUUAAAGUAUUAAAUACAAAUAAAGUAAAAUCGCACAUUUUUGACAGGGUUACAUUAUAUUCUUCUACUGGAGAACUUCAAUCCUUUUUAACAUCGACAUCUUCAAUUAAACAUCUUAAUAUUCAUGUGGAUGAAUUUGAGGCAUCAGAAAUUCUAUCAGAUUUAAUUCAAUCACAACCUCAACUUUUGACUCUUUCAACUCAAUAUUCAAAUGUUUCUUUAUCAAAUGCUGCCUUUAAAUCAUAUCCCAUUUCAUUAACUUCGAUUAAAUUUACUUUUUGUGAUUUCUUAAACGUCUCAUCAUUUGAUGAUUUUAAAUAUCUCACACAAUUAAGAUCUCUUCAAUUUAUUUAUUGUAAAGGGAUAAAUACUCAAUUUUUUCAGCCGUUACUUGAUAUUUCUACACCAUCAUUAGAAAUUAAAACUUUAAAGGUAGUUGGUAUGAUCGAAGGAAUUACUUUAUUACUUCAGAAAAUUGGUCCUUAUUUAGAACUUUUAGAAUUAAACCUUACGAAUGUUUUGGAAAAAAAUAAAUCAUUUGAAAGCGUUGUGGAUUAUUGUAAUAAAAUUAAAUAUUUAUGCGUAGGUAACUUUGAUGAUGGAAAUAUACUUCAAUUAUAUAAUAUGAUUACUCAUAAUAAACAUAUUAAGUACCUCACAAUUGGAAAUGAUAAUGCUCGUCGUAAAUCAAAUAUUUUAGAGGGAUUAGGUCAAAUUUUACCAAAUUCUUUAAAAUAUUUAAUUUUAGUUUUGCCAAUUGAUCCAAUUCAUUUGAACAUCUUUUUUGAUCAUUGUCAUCAUAUCGACAAUUUAUUAAUUAAAAAUCUCAAUCGUAAUGAUAUUGACAUCACUUUUAAAUACUUGAAAAACUUUGUAAAGGAGAAGAAGGGGGUAAAAAAUCUUGCAUAUUAUGUCAACGAUAUUUUUGAACCUUUGAUACAUCAAAAGUUGGAACAGAUGGCUUGUGAGAUUCAACCUUUUGUAAAAAUGAAGGAUUUUUAUGAAUCAAUUGUAGACAUUUCUGAUUUUGAAAUAUCAUGUUAA